AUGGCUUAUCCGAAUCAGCAACAAAUCUUCUUCAAUCGUAUCUCACUGGACGCAAACAGCAAAUCAAAAUUGGCUGAUGGUACAGGCACAUUGAAGCGUGACGUCACACGCACCUGCUGGUCGGCCUCGAAUACAGGAACACCGUCCAAGGACCAAUAUCACCAGGAUUACAUACCGAGUGUAUUCAGUUUCGCUACCACAGCCAAGCAGCCUGAGCAGACUCCUGCACGAGCAGAUAGGUUCAAGCGCCUCCAGAGACGCAGACUUGACUUAACACCAAAUGACAAAGAAAACCGCCAACCAGCCAAUGACCAAGACGAAAUUGCUGAGGAACUCCUGAUGUUAGGACAUGAUCUACCUCAAUCGUUUGACCAAGGCACAGAUCCAGGACCUGAUCCCAUCCAGGAAGAGCUUGACAACCUAAAGGCAGACUAUACGUCCCUGCAGAAGGAUCAUCAGCGCCUUAUGUGUGAAAAUAGAGACUUAAAAGAGCAGAUAAAGAAAACAAACUUUUCAUACAAGAACCUUGGCAACCGUGAGGUAUCAACAUUGACUGGUCUGCAAUCAAUGACAAUGUUUACCUGGCUUCUGGCAACAGUAUCUGAUGUCAUAAAACCAACCGGAAAGCUUUGCCGGGGCAAUUGCUGGGGCGGGCGAGUAUCUGACAAGGAGAUCACAGCACGAUCUGGAUUCUAUGAGCUUCUAGAAGUAGGUGACCUUGUUCUUGCCGAUAGGGGCUUCCUCAUUGCUAUGAACUAG